AUGUCGCCCUUAGAACCCUACCAAUCCGACGCUUUCCGCGAGAUGCGCAAACGCGUCCACUCGCUCUCCACGCCACCCACCGCCUCGCCUCCACGCACCCACAAACAGCCCUCGUUGCCACCCUCUGGCACCACUUCGUCGGUCUUCGUACCGCUCAAUUCCCCAUCGCCUUCGCCACCGCUGAGUGAAGCGUCUCCUCGCUCCUGCCCUCCUUCGUCGUCCCAGACACCCCUCACCCAGGCUUCAGAUUCGAGCGCUAGCAGCUUCGACGACAUCCACAUGCAUCAGCAUCGCCGGUCAAGCAGCCGCGCCACACUCAGGGCUCGUGCUUGGUCGAGCACACAUCGUCGCUCGACUGGCUCUCGCACCAGACUCGCUCAGAAAAGCGUCUUGUCUGAAGACGACAUCGUCUUACCUCGGCUGGCCAAAAGGAAUCGCUCGCGAGCCUCGCCAGUGCACUCGAAGCGCACGCUCUACACUGGACGUUCCGCAUCCGCCUCUCUGCCCUUGACUUCGCCCUCGCACCUGCCUUCCGUCGCCUCAUCAUGGCGUCGAGCUCUCAAACGCCAGCGCAAGCGCCACUCAGACACGGCCCACGCUUUCCGCAAGGCACGCGCAUCCUCCCGAACUCAGUCUACCGGCUCCCAUACCCAAGUCCGGGCACCCUCAGCAUCUGAGAGUGUCCCGCGACUGGAGGUGCUACCCGAGCUGCGUCUGCUCUCGGCCACGCGCACCGCUCCCAUCGGCUGGACGCGCAUGGCAAGCAUCUCGAACCCGCUCGCACACGGGCUCGAGAUGUACGACGAGCGCAACGCAAAGCAGGCUCCCGAACGACAGCGCUUCUGGCCCAUCGUAGACUACCAGCUCGACUACACGGGCGCACGCAUGCUCUCGCUCUCCUCCGCACGCAACGGUCCGCUUCAGCUGGGCACUCACUUCACCAAGCCGGCCAUCCCGCUCCCCAUCGACGAGCCAGUCUCGCCCAAGUCCAGCGUAGCCCCACUCAUGCCCUCCCACACGCUGCCCAUGCAGCCCGGCAUGGCUUCGUCCGACGAGGACCAUUCGCCACUCACCCCGGCAGCCUGUGUCGAGCCUCCUCGCGCUUCGACCACGGUGUCGCGCUACGCUCUUGAUGCCGUGCGCAACGAGCCGGACCGCAAGCCCAGCAUACAACUCGCUCCGCCCGCCACGCUCGCCGCCAUGAUCGACUUUACGCGCGCUCAGCACGACAGGCGCCAGCGACAGAGCGCCGCACACGUCGGCGCCGUCGUCGAACCCGAGCGGAAUGCGUACGGACAGCUGUUCCGCUCGCCCUUCAGCCCGCCCACCGCAUGCGCUCUCGCGCCCCACGCGCCCCUUCGCAUUGCCCCGCGCGCCGCGCCCACCAAGGACCGCGACUACUUUGGCCACUGGGAGUCGUAUCUCUGCGGCUACGGCAAGGAGUCGACCUUCUAG